UCAACGUUUAUUAGAGACUUACAGACCAAAUAGACUAAAUAUUUUGUCUGAACACGCAUGAACUUUGUUUCGUUAAGACGUAUGCUCUUACAGUACAUAAAGCGUUUUUGAUACACUUUUAACUUCCUGUUCCUAAUUCGAUAUGAAAACUACGUUUAAAUCGAAAGUUCCUGUUCCUAAUUCGAUAUGAAAACUACGUUAAAAUCGAAAGUACGUGGAUACUGAUUCAAUUAAAUAUAUGUUUAAAUGUAAAUCGAUGACUGAGAAGAAUAUGAUUGCGUAAAUGGAUGAUAAUAGAUAAUUAAAAGGUGGGAUUUUCUAAUUUUAUUUUUUUUCAGUUGGACUCAUAAGUCGGGAUUGUAAAAUGUCCAAACGACUUGUAGUGGCAGCUAUUGACUUCGGUACUACUUAUUCAGGAUAUGCGUACUCUUUCCUUGACGAAUUCAAACGAGACCCCUUAAAGAUCUAUGCCAACAGUGAUUGGAGCGAUGGAAUCACAAUGGUCACUACAAAGGCGCCGACCGUGGUUUUGUUUGACAAAAGGGGCACAUUCCAUGCUUUUGGUUAUGAAGCGGAAACAAAGUACAACGAACUUGCAGGCAAGGAGGAUCAUGAUGGAUGGAAAUACUUCCGAAGGUUUAAGAUGGAACUGUAUGAAAAGAAAAUUAGAAAAAACACCAAAAUAAAAGAUGCGCAAGAUAACGCAAUGGCGGCCAUUGACGUUUUUGCCUCGGCGAUUGGUUUUCUCAAGGACCACCUGUUGAGCCGCUUGCGUCAAAGGGACACUGGGUUCAGAGACACGGACAUUGACUGGGUGCUCACUGUACCGGCAAUCUGGGACGAUUCUGCAAAACAGUUUAUGACCAUGGCUGCAAGACAGGAGUUCCAUUGUCCGCUUAUAAGAAUAUGAAACCUUGCAUGACGUAAUGGUGGACCGUGUAGCUCCUAAUCUGACUGUGCGAAUGGCAUAAGAACCAUUUUCGCAUGACGCGGCUUAUAUCAAUCACUGAUGCACCAGCAGUCAAGACAUCAUGGCGAUGGAUUCAACACAACAUAAACCACAGAAACUCGAAACACAAUACAUGUGUUACAGUGUACUAUGUAGUCACCAAAAAGAUUGUCGCACGAAAAGUUUGGUUCGCAAGAAACAUCCUUAAAUCUACUACAGUAUAACUGUAUUAUUUUGCGUAACACUAUUAAGCGCGAUUACACGUUUCUGUAUUACACUUCAACACCGUUAUUUCGAAGUCGUCGGGACCGUAAACAAAACUUCGGAUUAACGAUUUUUCGAAAUAAACAUUUGACAGAAGACUUCUUUCUCUGUACAAAUAAAACGUUGUGGAAUUCGCAUGGUUCGAUUACACGCUAAUAUUUAUAAUGGUUUUACUUAAAAACGUAAACUAGUCAGAUAGCAAUAGAUUUCUAUUUGUAACAAACGGAGGAAUAAAACGAUUCUUU